AAAAUGUUUAUUUUUUUUUUUAGUUUAAAAUGAAGUUUUUAACAUUGCUAUUUUUAUUUGCUGGAGUGGGUGCACUUCCUCAACAUAGAGGUCUUUUUAAUGAAGAAAUUAAUAUAGUUAAUUCCUUAAAAACAACCUGGACUGCAGGAGUCAAUUUUGGGCCAGAAGUUACUGAAAGUUAUAUUAAAGGUUUGUGUGGAACGCUCGAAGAAAAAGAAAACAUAUUAGAAGUGAAACAAAUACCAGUAAUUGCUACACUUCCUGACAGUUAUGAUACAAGGGAAAAAUGGGGAUCCACUUGCCCAAGUACAACCGAAAUUCGCGAUCAAGGAAGUUGUGGAAGUUGUUGGGCAUUUGGAGCCGUAGAAGCCUUUACUGAUCGAAUUUGCAUUCAAUCCAAUGGUGCUAAAAACCCACACAUUUCAGCUGAGGAUUUACUGACUUGCUGUGGUUUUUGGUGUGGUUUUGGCUGUAAUGGAGGGAGACUUGGACCUGCAUGGAAUUUUUUCAAAUAUGCUGGAGCUGUCACUGGAGGUCAAUAUAACUCUAGUGAAGGUUGUCAACCUUAUGAAAUACCCUCAUGUGAGCAUCAUACUAGCGGUUCAAAAAAACCAUGUGAAGGAUCAGAACCUACUCCGAAAUGUAAAAAAUCUUGCAGAGAAGGUUACAAUGUUUCUUACUCUGACGAUAAGCACAAAGUAUCUUCCCAUUACAGUAUAGCAAAUGAUGAAGAACAAAUCAAGAAUGAGAUUUACUUAAAUGGACCAGUAGAAGCUGCAUUCACUGUUUAUUCAGACUUUCCAAACUACAAAUCUGGUGUUUACAAAUACACAACAGGAAAUGCACUAGGUGGUCAUGCAAUUAAAAUUCUUGGUUGGGGAGUUGAAAACAAUGUUCCUUACUGGCUUGUAGCUAAUUCAUGGAAUCCUGAUUGGGGAGAUAAAGGUUUCUUUAAAAUUCUAAGAGGCAGCAAUGAAUGUGGCAUUGAAGCUAGUGUUGUUGCUGGAAUGGUCUUGUUAUAACAUCGUUUGAUAAAAAUUUAUUACUCUAUAUUAGAUAAUUUUAUUGUAUAUAAAUAUAUAACAAAUUAUGCAAAUACUUGUAACAUUUUUAUGUUUUAAAUAUUUUAUAUUGAAAACUAGUUUUAAAAGAUGGAUAUAAAAGUUUUAGUUCAAUUUCUUUUUCUUUUUUAAUUUUUGUUUUUGUUUUAUAAUUUAAAAAUUUUUCUAUAAAUUUUUUUUUAAAAUAAAAAAAAAACAUACUGUUGAUUAAAGCACUUUUUAUCAUUUUUAUGUUGAGUACUUUAUAUCCUGUAUUUUUACAUUAGGCACUUUUUAUUAUAUAAAUUUAUACUCUGUACUUGUUAUCAAAUAUAUUAAAUUGUUAACUGUUGUAACAAUACAAAUUUAUUAUAUUUACACAUAAAUUUAUUGAAUACUCCACACAACAUAACAGCUACAUAGCAUGUUUCCAGGUGAUGUGAAAAUGAUUUUAGAACUAUAGAAAAGAUUUUUCUUUUUUUUAGCAAAUUUUUAUAAAGUUGUAAAUAUAUGACACUUUUUAUAAUUUA